UCGCCAAGACGCCAACAUUUCAUUUUCAAGUUUCAAAACAAUCCUUCACCUCAAAUGUCAAUUACUUGAAACGGAGUGCUGCUAGGUUCUCAUCCGGAGACCUCUCCUCGGAGCUAGACGAUGGCGCCGACGCACCCCCGGGCACGGUGCCGACAGGGGGGCAACCGCCCCCUUCUGGGCCACCCUCUGGACCACCACAGGGACCUCCACCCACCCAGGGGGCCCCACAACCCCAGGGGGGCCCUCCACCAGCAGGAGGACCUCCUCAGUCCCAGGGCGAUCUCAGCCUGAACCUGAGCAGUAAGCAGAGCUCGCGGACGACCAGUGCGCCCUCGAGUCCCGCCAAGACUAGGGAGUCUCUGCUGCAGAGGGUGCAGAGUUUGACUGGGGUUGCAAGGGACCAGGGAGCUUCGCUCAUCGGAGCAGCAGUAUCGGGAGCAGCCGGACGUCCAUCUUACAACAAGGACAGAUGCUUCACUCUCCUUGUCAUCGACGAUCAGAACACUGACUGGUCGAAAUACUUCCGAGGCAAGAGACUACACGGCGAUUUCGACAUCCGAGUGGAGCAAGCUGAAUUCAAAGAGCUCUCUCUUACUGCCAAUGUGGAGACAGGGUGCACUGUUAGUAUGGCUGUCUACAGGAAUGGAACCAAGGUUGUAAGAUCCUUCAGACCCGAUUUUGUGCUGAUACGACAAAAUCUGCGAGAUGCCGGAGAAGACUUCAAAAACAUACUUUUGGGAUUCAAAUUCGGUGGAGUGCCCAGUAUCAACACCCUUCACGCAAUUUACAACUUCCAAGAUAAACCCUGGGUUUUCGCCCAUCUCAUGCAAAUACAACGUCGACUAGGCAAAGAUAACUUCCCUCUCAUAGAUCAGACUUACUACCCCAAUUACAGAGAAAUGUUGAGUUCCCCCCGCUACCCAGUGGUAUUCAAGAUAGGGCAUGCGCACAGUGGUCUUGGAAAAGUGAAAGUCGAAUCGAACGCAGAUUUUCAGGACAUGUCGAGCGUAGUAGCAGUGGCAAAUACGUACUGCACCACGGAACCUUUCAUCGAUAGCAAAUACGAUAUUCAUGUGCAGAAAAUUGGAGGAAACUACAAAGCUUUCAUGCGGAAAUCGAUCUCAGGAAACUGGAAGACGAAUACAGGGUCGGCCAUGCUGGAGCAGAUUCAGAUGACAGAUCGCUACAAGCUGUGGAUUGACGAAGUGUCGGCCAUGUUUGGAGGCUUGGACAUGUGCGCCCUUGAAAUGAUAACAGGUAGAGACGGUCGAGAGCACAUAAUCGAGGUUAACGACAGUGCGCUCUCUCUCAUGGGAGACUCUCAGGAGGAGGACCGCAGGCAAAUAGCUGAGCUAGUGGCUCAGAGGAUGCAGCAAGUCUGCAGACCAGCCGGCCCAAUGGUUGGCGUAGGGGGUGGCCCUACCAAAGCCCCCCCUCGAGGCUCAGUGUCCAGCAUGGGAGGGACCGGUACCCUGGACGACCAGGGGGGCACCGACCUGGGGGGGCUGGAAGGACCCCCCAGUAGCUCCCCUAUGCCACCCCUGAGCACCAGCCCCCAGCCGAGGCGCGAUAGCCAAGGUAAAGGCUCCCCCAAGAGGAUGAUCAAAGCUGUAUCUAGUGCCUCACCCAGCAGUAGACGAUACAGUUUACAGCCGCAGAAGAAUGUGGUUGGAUACUAGGCUCAAAUACAGGCUAAAAUACACUCAAAAACAGAUAAAGUACAGGCUUAAAUACACUCAAAAACAGGAUAAAUACAGGCUAAAAUACACUCAAAAACAGAUAAAAUACAGGCUAAAAUACACUCAAAAACAGGAUAAAUUAGACUUGAAAACCGGCAAUAUAAGUUACAAGCUAAAAUGCACUCAAAAACAGGAUAAAUACAGGCUGAAAUACACUCAAAAACAGGAUAAAUACAGGCUAAAAUACACUCGAAAACAGAUAAAGUACAGACUAAAAUACACUCAAAAACAGGAUAAAUAGGCUAAAAUAGACUUGAAAACCGGCAAUAUAAGUUACAAGAUAAAAUGCACUGGAAACAGGAUAAAUAC